AUGGUUGAAGUAAGACAAUAUCACCUCUCUCCCACGGAUCUCAUCCCCAACUCCCCGAGACCACUACUCCACUACAAGAAUGUCCUAGCCAAGGCCAACAACUCACAUUGCGACCCUGUCGACGUGUGGGACACGUUCACAAGGAAUGAUUGGAACGUUCACUGGAUUUUUCGUUACAGUCCCACUCAAAUAUCUCACUACCAUUCCCAGGCGCACGAGUGUAUGGCCGUGCUCUCAGGCACUGCCAGUAUCCGUUUUGGAGUCGGGGAUACAUCGCCGGAUAUGGAAGAGAAUACGCAUGGUUCUGCUUGGGAGGAAGGUGGUGUUCUCCUAGAGGCGGAAGCUGGCGAUGUUUUUGUGAUACCAGCUGGCGUGGCACAUAAAACACAUAACACUAAGCCCGAGGCUGAGUUUGCCCUGUUAUCACCAGGAAAUGGACACGGUAUUAAACAAGAGGAUAAGAAAGCUUUGUCUGAGAUUAAACUGGAUGGGUUCACUAUGAUGGGGGCCUACAGCGGGGGUGACUGGGACUUUGUUGCCACCGGGGGUGAUUAUGAAAAGGUGUGGUCUGUUCCGAAGCCAGAAUACGAUCCGGUUUUUGGAGCUUCGGAACAGGGACUUUGCAAGACAUGGCGUGGAAGUGACACUGAAUCUAAGGCUCAUCUCUAG